AUGACUAACAUCUGUGAAGUGACCAGUUCCUUAUACUAUCGUGUGACAGGAUCACGCUACGCUCUGAUCGACCGCAUGGACAAUAUGCCCGCAAUUCUAUUGGGCACAUUCCAAUUCGCACCAGAUAAAAAGCAAACUGACGUCAUUCAGGAGAUGGAGCACUUUAUCACAAGCUAUUUCACAGACGAAUGUCGGUGA